GGACAGAUUGGGGUCCCUUGGGGUAAAGAGAUGAAAAUAGUGUUGCUAUUGUUGAUCCCAAUUUCAGUUUUCACCUUGCUUCUGAAUUAAAGCGCAUAGACUGAACGAUAAUUGUUAAAUGAAAUCAUUUAAAUCGAUGCUAUUUGAAUGUUUAUUGUGUUUCUAUACACUGCCAGUAUUUGGAGUAUUGCAUAUUUGCACUAUGCCUUUUACAGGUUUUAUUUUGUUGUUAUGGGCAUUAAUGGUUUGCGUCUCUUUGAAAGUACAACACGUAAUGCUGAUGAGAUGUUUAGAUGAUCUGAUCGGUGGAAGCUUUUGUUGACGAAUAUAUCAUCAUAAUCGCGUGGUUGUAAUUCUGUGUAGUUUACGCCUUGAUUUGUUUCCAUUUAGAAGCGACGUGUAGAGGCCAUCAAACCGGUAAGGAGUGUGGAAAGCAGCGGAAAGGCGAGGUUUAGCUGAACAAAUUACAUAACUAGUAGACGUGCGGUGGAAUUAAAAUUUACGAAAAGAUGGGCUCUGGGCACAAGAACAGACGAAGGGGACAGAGUUCAGAUUGACUGCUGAAACAAGAGAAGGCGAGGAAGGAUUUGGUCUGGUACACCACUGAAGGAACCAGGCGCCAUGUCAGUCUCCCAGAUCACGCCCUCCCUGUUUCUGAGCAGCGCGGACGCCGCCCUAAACCGGGCCCUGGUCUCUUCCAAGGGCAUCACUCUCAUUGUCAACGUCACGCUGGCCCACGCCUGCCCCGCCUACCGGGGGGUGGAGUGCGUGCGUGUGCCCGUGUCGGAUCUGCCCCACGCUCGCCUGGGGGACCACUUUGACAGCGUGGCACUGCGCAUCCACAACAACCGCGCGGGAAGCACGCUCGUGCACUGCGCCGCGGGGAUGAGCCGCGCCCCCACCAUGGUAAUGGCCUACCUCAUGAGGUACAAGGGGGUGACCCUGCGCGAGGCCCACGAGUGGGUCAGGGGCAGCCGUCCCUACAUCCGCCCCAACGCUGGCUUCUGGAGGCAGCUGCUGGACUACGAGAAGAAGCUGUACGGUAGGAACACGGUCAAAAUGGCCGCCUCUCCUCUGGGCGUACUGCCUGAAGCCAAGGACCAGGAGCGCAGCCCCAGAUACUGCCUGAACUUUUGAUACAAGCUGGGACACUCCCUUCCUUCAAAGCAAGUGCCUCAUUCUGCAUAGCCAACAGCCAGGGGUGUCCUAAUCCAGUCCUCAAAGGCCACAGGGCUUUCUCUCUUACAAAUGAGUUAUUUGUAUUUUAAUGACAUUUUUUACAGUUUUCUGAAACAGCUACUACAGUUUUAAGGAUAGUUUAAACCUGGGGUCUCCCAAUCUCAGAUUUGGACACUCUUUGGACUAUAAAUGGGACCAUUUUCCUUUGGAAUCAUUUUGAAAAUGUUUUUUUCCAUUUAUGGGAAAAAAAACAAUUCCAUGGAUACCUUUCCAAGGUAGCCACUGUGACAUAAUCUGAAGCAUAAUGUCCAGUGUAUUAAUUUCAGGAACUAUGUAAAAAAGUGGAGAAUGAAGUGGAGGGAGACCGAGAUACCUGAGGCAGCAUAACAACAACCCACUGGUGCAAAAACAGUAUAAGAUGGUAGGGAGAUUAGUUAGAACGUCUGUCUUUUAUUUUUUUGCUUUAGCAUUUUUUAUUUACUGAGCAUCAAAUGAAAUGUAUCACUUAUAACUACAGCACAUACACCAGCCAUGAACACAGGAAACAUUUAUUAAUGUAAUUAAUUCAUUUUGUUAUCAGGAAAAUGUCAUUUUGUUGGUAGCAGGUGCACUAUCAUUUUAUUCAGACAUGACAAAAAAAUUAUGGUGAUUAACAUUUGAAUUCAGUAUGGAUGAUUUCAGUGGGUCAAUCAAUGGGUUGUAGUAAGUCACAGACUAGUAGCAAGUGCGACUGACAUUGAAAGCAAUAUCAACUGUACAUUAGGGAGACAAACUUGGUGACAAAUGCUGUCUUUUGGGAUUCUGUUCUAUUCCUCUCAAGAGAGCCUGGACAAGCACAUUCCUUCUCCCUGGUCUCUGAGCCCUACAUGCCACAUGACAUCCCAACUCAUCAAACGGAUGUUUAAAGAGGAUCAGCUUGAGUUGGGCGAGUAGAGCAUCAUGUCAAACUCUCAUCUCAGAAGAGAGCUAUUCUGUCAUGCGCAUGUGUUGUCCUGCUGCAAUGUUGUCACAACUCCAGAGAAGAAGCCCUGCUCAGAUCAUCACACCUGGACCUGUGGUCUCCCAGACUGUAGGUAGCCAAUCACUUUUUAACUGUUUAACUACAUAUCCUAACAGGCUAGAAAUGGCAAGUGACAGUGUGCUAACUUAUUCCAGCUUCCAUCAUACUGACAAACCUAUCACAUGCAAAUAUGCAAAAUAUAGUAAGUGUGGUAAGAUGGUAAGUUUGUAUUGAUACUCAGCAUCUUGCAUAUACUAGUUAGGUAGUUGGCUUAAAUGUAAAUUUCUGAGAUUAAGACUUUAGCUAAACGGAUGUACAGCUAUCACAGUUCUGACUAAUCACACUACCCUUUGAAGGCACACCACCAGGUACACUGCCACAGAACCAGGAACGUUAUAAGGUCUUUGUGUUUCUUUGCUGCAUGCUAAAAUCUCAAUUUGUGAUAAUUUUGCUGUAUUAAAAAAUUAAGGUAUGUUGAAUCUGAUUGACGAGGAUUUUAUUACAAAAUACAGUGAACUCAUUGUAUACAAGUCAUGUCAAUCCUGGAUGAUUAUUGUAUUUGGAUUUGUAUGAAUUAAUGAAACAGAGAACAUGAAACGUUAAGCUUUAAACCAGCUUAUUUAAAUUGGAAAAUGUCUUGUUUAAGAUUUCUUAUAACCUUCAUAAUAAAACUGUACCCACGUA